CCUCUGCCAAAGACCCAACAAUUAUGCCCCAAAUUUCUCAUAUUAAUUUGAAUAUAGCUCUAAAACCUUUGAAGAUACAUAUAAACUGUUGAUUCACUCAGAAUUUAUAUUCUCUAAGUGACACAUUGGGCAUAGUAACAGGUUUCUAACCCUAUUUCUUAGCCUACAGCAGCAUUAUGCUGCAUAUGACAUUAUUGAAUGGCGUCUUCCUCAGCCCGUGUCACAUCCUUCUUCUGGGUUUCAUGGAAAUCUGUUCUGUGGUUUUUGUAUAAUCCUGCUGACAAACAAAAUGACAGGGGUGAAAAUACAACCUUCUUAGCAGAAACAACAUGUUGCAGUGUUUUAUGUUGUGAAUUGACCUGUGGCAACUGGUGCUGUUGCUAAUCUGUUAUGAUCACCUCGGGAUCACAUGGAGAAAAGAAAAUCCGAGAUAUAUCUUUAUUUUCAUGGCUUUAUUUUAGAGAUAUCUACUAUUUGUUUUACUUUUAUAUGAAUAAUAGUUAACAUGCGCUUGAUUUUUGUUAUUUUAUUUGACUUCCACGACCCCCCUUUGGUGUCUUGUGACCCUCCCAGGUGAUGCCGACCUCUAGUUUUGGAACCUCUGCGCUGGUGAAACCUGCCUUGCUCAAGUCCAUGACAGUACGGAAUAUUGUGACUAUUCUCUCUAGGUCUUGACUCUGCUCUCUCACCUGGUGGGGAAAGAGCAUUUUUCUAAAGAAGAGGUGAAGAGGACUGCCAUCUAACCGGUUUGUCCCAGUUACACGCCUCACCCGCUGCAUGCCUGUGCCUCAUGAUUAUAAUAGCUGUCUUCCUUUCAGUCUCACUUUGGCUUCACAGUGUCGACUUACUGCUUUUCCCUCGUCGGAUUACACCUCAAGGAAGACGCAAGUCACCAGGACAAGUCAUGGCUGGGAAGCCUUUCCGGGCCACCUACAUCUGGAGCAGCAUCAUCUCCAAUCUCCACACUCAGGUGGAGGUCAAGCGCCGACGCCACAACCUCAAGUCCUACCAUGACUGCUUCCUGGGCUCGGACGCCGUGGAUGUGGUGUUGGCACACAUCACACUGAACCGCUUCUUCGGCGAUGAGGAAGUGCCUCGCUACAAGGCUGUCCGUCUUUGCCAGGCUCUGAUGGACACAAGGGUGUUCGAGCCGGUGGGAAUUAAAGUGUUUGGGAAGGAAAAGAAGCGAGUGACGUUUGAGGACAGUAGUUUCAGUUUGUACAGGUUCCUGAGCCCGACCACCGCCUCCUCAUCAUCGCUGACCGACACCAACUCUCUCUCCACCAGCACCAUCGAGAGCGGCUAUGACUCACCGAGCAUGAACAGGAACACGAACGGCUAUAGUCCAUCACAUGAAAGACAAGAGGUGCUGAGCUACUCCACCCACUCCCCUGUUAACACGGACAAGUCACUGGAGGACGUGCUGGGAAACCUCAACCUGAGCUCGACCGUCACCCCCCAGAUGAUAAACCUCGGCCUCUCGCAAGAGCUGGUGUAUGAGGUGUGGCACCAGCAGGCUGUGUUCAGGCUGUUGCAGCUGGUAGAGCUCCCCCUGCUGGAGAACCUGUUGGAGGGCAAGGAGGCAUCUCGGCCUCCGCUGCACGGCAUGGACAGUGACCCAGACCUGUUGUAUACAUCGAGCUACCUGGACCGAGAGGUCCUCAAGGCUUUCAGUGAAGCCCAGGCUGAUGAGUGGAUGUCAGGGGCCGUGGACUGUCUGGAGUUCCUUCCUGAUGAACUGGUGGUGGAGGUCAGCCGAGGUUUGGCCGGUUGCUCAAACGACCUGCUCCAGAGUAAGAAGCUGCUGUACGAGGUGCUGGCUCAGCAUUAUGGACACACACAGCAACUGCCGCUGCUCAGCAACCACGUUUUUGACAUCCACUCGGGCAUCUCGGAGCUACUCGUGAACGGCAAGCGAGAGCAGGCUCUGGAGGCUCUGCAGCUCAGCCUGAAGCUGCAGGACUCUCGCAGCAGGGAGGAGCUACGCAGACUCCUGAGAUUCAUGUCCACUGCAGCCAGACUACAGGAGGUCAAACUGCACAAAGAGAUUGAGAACAGAAUGGCGGUGAAAAGGUCUUUCUCGAGUGCCAUCGUCUACAGCAGGAGACUCCCCAAAGGAAAGGUGGACUUGAUGGUUCUGUUCAUGAUGGAUAACCACUGCGACCUUUUCAAAAUUCCUGUUUCUCUGCACAAGAUGGUCAGCGACAGAAUAACAAACAUUGUAAAAGGGAAAGAUCCAGAUAUGAUAACAGGAACGACGUUCUGUACAAGAUUGAGCGCCAAGACCUUUUCAGAAAACACACAAAAAACCACGAAAGAGGAGCUUUGGUCUUUACUGCGGACGAUCCACGAGAACCCUGCACUCUCCAUCAGAGAGAAGAGACGGCUGCUGGGACAGUUUUACAAAGGCCAUCCGGAGAUAUUUGUUCAGUACUUUGGAAAUAGAUUGUCUAGUAUCAACAUGUUACUACAGUAAAAAAAAUGUAUUAAAAAAAAGGCAAUGUAUUAUAAUGUAAAAUAAUAUAGAUGUAAAAAGAAAAGCUGAUGUGAAGAUUGGUGGUAUAGUGAAUAUUUGCCUGCAUGUAAAUAUUUAAAACUCCUGAAAAACAAUGUGAACUUUUAAUUGAUACUCUUAAUAAGCUGCAAUAUUUAAGGACAUAUUUACUUGUCUUAAAUAUUUAAGAUAUUUAUUUGGUGCAGGACACUAACAUGAAAUGUCCAUGAGACUGUUACUUUUCCAGAAUGACAAAAUGGAUUCUUGCAUUAAUUUUUUGUUUUCUGUUUUCACACUGCGAUGCGUCUUGAUGGCGUUUUUGCAGCUGCAGCCAGUAAGGAUAAGUCUGCACAGGACUUUCCAAUGGACAUAUGCUUUUUGCUAUUGCAAUAGGAACAGUGUUAGCAAUUCAAAAAAGAAAACGUGUCUGUUCAUAUGGUUUCUCGUAAACAGUGCGACGCACAGUCCGAGGAGCCAUGUGACGGAAAUUUGAAAGUCUGAUGAUGUGCUGUUGCAAACAGUCAGAGACAUUCAGGAGAAUCAUCCCUCUGGGCUUUUGUGUUUGUUGCUACAAAACAGAUGUCAGCAAGUUUUUCUUUUUUUCUUUUUGAUUGAAAACCCUUUGCUGCA